CUUGCUUUACUGGAGCCCCAAUGACGGCCUCCGCACGCCACUCUUCGGCCUCGUACCGCGCCACGACGCCGUCGAGCUACCUCACGAUCUCCGCCAAUAGCACCCAGACUCAAGAUCUGGCAAUUUCAUGCAGUGGAAACUAUAGAUCGGGGAUGGUGAUGCAAGGGGCAAGCUCGGAGGUGCUGAUGCGGGUGAAUUCAAUUGUUGGAGGUGGAGGUGAUGCACACAAAGAGGGAGAAGCCCAAAUUGAGCAGGACGGAGGAGGAGCUCCGCACAUAAUGAAAUUAAAGGUGUGCUGAUGACGGUGCAGCUGCAGUAGGCGAGUUAGAGAGGGCGCUAGACAAGUCUGAUGCCUAGGCUCCGAUUCCAAGGUCAGCAUUCCCCUUUGGAUAGGGGUCACUUGAAUUACUAGAUAAGAAUUGUGCUUGUUUUUUUAACCUAUUUCUGGGAGUUGGAUGAAAUUAUUGCAGGUUGUGGACUCGGGAGUUCAAGUAUGUAUUAAGUUGUUGGACUGGAUACAGUAGCCUUAAGGACUGAACUCUAUAGAGCUAAUGGAGGAUACAGUGUAUGUGUACACGUGCAUUUGCUCACAAGUUCGAUCACUCGCAAAAUGAAUCUGUGCUAAUUCUUUUGGGGAGUACCAUAUAUUUGUGUUAUGUGGUUCAAUGCUCCCGUGCUUGAGGUCAUUCUUUGUACUUGCAGAAAUUUAAAAUCGUUGUUGAGGCAAUUCUUUGUACUUGCAGAAAUUAAAAAUCAUUUCAGGAGUUGAA